AUGCACACUGCCCCUCCACCAUUCACCUACCUUGGCAUUGAGGUCCUUUUGGAAGCAGGUGUGGGCUUCUCCCCCAGUGGCCCUCCCAGUGGCCUCGGUCACCCUGGUGAUGGGAAUGAAGCCUCAGACACUGGGUUCAACAGCAAACCACCAGUCAUCUGGCUCUGCGUCUACAUGGAUGGCUACUUUUCUCACCGGCCGAAAGAGAAAGUGCGAACAGACAGCAACAAUGAGAACUCCGUCCCCAAAGAUUUUGAGAAUGUGGACAACAGCAACUUUGCACCUAGGACUCAAAAGCAAAAGCACCAGCCUGAGCUGGCAAAGAAGGCCCCGAGUAGACAGAAGGAGCUCUUGAAGAGGAAGCUGGAGGAGGAGAAGGGGAAGGGGCAUCCGUUCCCGGGCAAGGGCACCAACGAGGUGCUGCCUCCUGGUGAGAAAGCCGCCGUGAACGGGAGCCGUGGGAAGGAUGUCCCGAGACAGCCCCACAGCAGGAAAAGCGGGGGCAGCUCCCCUGAGAUCAAGUACGACCAGCCCCCCAAGUGUGACAUCUCGGGCAAGGAGGCCAUCUCUGCCCUGUCCCGUGCCAAGUCCAAGCACUGCCGCCAGGAGAUUGGGGAAACCUACUGCCGCCACAAGCUCGGGCUGCUGAUGCCCAAGAAGGUGACUCGGUUCUGCCCCCUGGAAGGCAAAGCCAACAAGAACGUUCAGUGGGACGAGGAUUCAGUGGAGUACAUGCUGGCCAACCCAGUCAGAAUCGCCUUCGUCCUGGUGGUCCACGGCCGGGCCUCUCGGCAGCUGCAGCGCAUGUUCAAGGCCAUUUACCACAAAGACCAUUUCUACUACAUCCACGUGGACAAGCGCUCUAAUUACCUACAUCGGCAAGUGCUCCAGUUUGCCAGACAGUAUGACAACGUUCGCGUCACCCCCUGGCGGAUGGCUACCAUCUGGGGAGGAGCCAGCCUCCUGUCCACGUACCUGCAGGGCAUGCGUGACCUCCUGGAGAUGACCGACUGGCCCUGGGACUUCUUCAUCAACCUCAGCGCAGCCGACUACCCCAUCAGGACGAAUGACCAGCUGGUGGCAUUUCUCUCCCGAUACCGAGAUUUGAAUUUCCUGAAGUCACACGGCCGGGACAAUGCAAGGUUCAUCCGAAAACAGGGUCUGGACCGACUCUUCCUGGAGUGUGACGCCCACAUGUGGCGCCUAGGGGACCGGCGAAUCCCAGAGGGCAUUGCUGUGGAUGGAGGCUCGGAUUGGUUCUUGCUGAACCGGAAGUUUGUGGAGUAUGUGACGUUCUCCACAGAUGAUCUGGUGACCAAAAUGAAGCAAUUUUACUCCUAUACCCUGCUUCCUGCUGAGUCCUUCUUCCACACCGUCCUGGAGAACAGCCCCCACUGCGACACCAUGGUGGACAACAACCUGCGCAUCACCAACUGGAACCGCAAGCUGGGCUGUAAGUGCCAGUACAAGCACAUCGUGGACUGGUGCGGCUGCUCCCCCAACGACUUCAAGCCGCAGGAUUUCCACCGCUUCCAGCAGACAGCCAGGCCCACCUUCUUUGCCCGAAAAUUCGAAGCCGUGGUGAAUCAGGAAAUCAUCGGGCAGCUGGACUAUUACCUGUACGGGAACUACCCCGCGGGCACCCCGGGCCUCCGCUCCUACUGGGAGAACGUGUACGAUGAGCCAGAUGGCACCCACAGCCUGAGCGACGUGGCACUCACCUUGUAUCACUCCUUUGCCCGCCUGGGCCUCCGACGGGCUGAGUCGUCGCUGCACGUGGAGGGGGAGAACAGCUGCCGGUACUACCCGAUGGGCCACCCAGCAUCCGUCCACCUCUACUUCCUCGCGGACCGCUUCCAGGGCUUUCUGAUCAAGCAUCACGCUACCAAUCUGGCCGUGAGCAAACUUGAGACCCUGGAGACAUGGGUGAUGCCAAAGAAAGUCUUCAAGAUUGCAAGUCCCCCCAGUGACUUCGGGAGGCUCCAAUUUUCUGAGGUCGGCACCGACUGGGAUGCCAAGGAGCGGCUCUUCCGCAACUUUGGGGGGCUCCUGGGGCCCAUGGAUGAGCCGGUAGGCAUGCAGAAAUGGGGGAAGGGCCCCAAUGUCACCGUGACUGUCAUCUGGGUGGAUCCCGUCAACAUCAUCGCAGCCACCUAUGACAUCCUGAUUGAAUCCACUGCCGAAUUCACUCACUACAAGCCCCCUUUGAACUUGCCCCUGAGGCCUGGGGUCUGGACAGUGAAAAUUCUUCACCACUGGGUGCCAGUUGCAGAGACCAAAUUCCUCGUUGCACCUCUGACCUUCUCAAAUAGGCAGCCCAUCAAACCAGAGGAGGCACUGAGGCUGCACAACGGGCCCCUCCGCAGCGCCUACAUGGAACAGAGCUUCCAGAGCCUGAACCCCGUCCUCAGCCUGCCCAUCAGCCCUGCCCAGGUGGAGCAGGCUCGCAGGAAUGCGGCCACAGCUGGCGCGGGCCUCGAGCGCUGGCUGGACUCGCUGGUAGGUGGGAUGUGGGCCGCCAUGGACAUCUGCACCACGGGCCCCACUGCCUGCCCCGUCAUGCAGACCUGCAGCCAGACGGCCUGGAGCUCCUUCAGCCCCGACCCCAAGUCGGAGCUGGGGGCCGUCAAACCUGACGGCCGGCUCAGGUAG